AGAGCCUUCUCGACCAGGAACAUCCGGCAGCCAACCGGGAGCUUGCGCCGCCCCAGAUGGUGGUGUACCCCGGCCAUGGACUAGAAUUCCAGAACCUGUCCUACAGUAUCAUGAAGCAGCAGAAGAAAGGUGGUGUCUGGAUCAAAAACGAGGCUUACCUACUCAACGACCUCUCCGGACAAGCCCUCCGAGGCCAGGUCACCGCCAUAUUAGGCCCCAGCGGUGCCGGUAAGUCGACGUUCCUCGACGCCUUGGCCGGCAGGAUUGCUCGGGGGAGCCUCGAAGGGUCCGUCAGUAUCGACGGAAGGCCGGUGACCACCAGCUACAUGAAGAGGGUCUCGUCGUACGUGAUGCAAGAUGACCAGCUCUUCCCCAUGCUGACGGUGGUCGAGACGCUCACGUUCGCUGCGGAACUCAGGCUUCCUCCCUCUGUUUCCAAGUCUGAGAAGAGGAAGAGGGUGUGGGAGCUACUUGAUCAGCUUGGUUUGCAGACGGCUGCGCACACUUACAUCGGGGAUGAAGGGAGGCGCGGCGUGUCAGGGGGUGAGCGUCGGCGGGUGUCGAUCGGGGUCGACAUCAUACACAAGCCAUCUCUGCUGUUCCUGGAUGAACCCACAUCAGGUCUGGACUCCUCCAGUGCUUACAGUGUGGUGGAGAAGGUGAAGAAAAUCGCAAAAGAAGGGAGCAUUGUGCUGAUGACAAUCCAUCAGCCAUCUUUCAGGAUACAGAUGCUUCUUGAUCGGAUUAUUGUCCUUGCAAGGGGAAGAUUGAUCUACCUCGGCAACCCUACUGCUCUUCCAGAACACCUUUCGGGAUUCGGCCGACAGGUUCCCGAAGGCGAGAACAGCAUCGAACAUCUUUUGGACGUCAUCAAGGAGUAUGACGAAACCACUCUUGGACUCGAGCCAUUGGUACUUUACCAGCGUGAUGGCCGCAAGCCCAACCAAGCUGCAAGAACCCGAAUCCCGAAGACUCCCAAGACCCCACGAACGCCAUUCCAUAAAUCCACCACCCGCAUACCCCCUCGGAUCACACUCCACAGCGGUCAAUUAUCAGACGGCGCCUCUACGCCAGGAGUGAAUCCGAACAUGUUCGAGCCGUACGAUGAUGACGACGAGGAAGACUUCGACAAAUCUCGAGAAAGGAAGAAGAUAGCACAGACGCCCUUCGGCAGUGGAGGAAGCAACCCGAGAUUAGCCUCGCAUUUCUACAAAGACUUCUCGGUCUGGCUGUACCGUGGCGUCACCAACACCCCUCGACGGCAACCAAACUGGACUCCAGCUCUGACACCUGGCCGCACCCCUGCCAAGACCCCUGUCUCGAGCUACUACACUACCGCCCGCCCACGGACACCACAUGAUGCUUCUCCUAUUCCUCCUCCGAGGACCCCAGUCUUCAUCAGUGCGCCACCGUCAUCUAUUGACCCCGACGACCCUGAACCACUGGACGGCUACGAGGAGGGAGCAGAGUACGCCAACCCGUGGAUACGCGAAGUAUUGGUCCUCUCGCACCGCAAUGCGCUCAACGUGGUCCGCACUCCCGAGCUCUUCCUGUCUCGCGAGAUCGUGCUCACCGUCAUGGCGGUAAUCCUGUCCACGCUCUUCCACCGUCUCAACGGCGACGACUUCACGACCAUCAACCGCCUACUCAACUUCUACAUCUUCGCAGUCUGCCUCGUCUUCUUCUCCUCCAACGACGCCGUGCCCACAUUCAUUCAAGAGCGCUUCAUAUUCAUCCGCGAGACGUCCUACAACGCCUACCGCGCCUCGUCCUAUGUCGUCUCCACUCUACUGGUUUACCUGCCUUUUUUCGCCGCCCAGGGAUUCACCUUCGCCAUCAUCACGAAGCUGAUGCUGAGACUCAAGAGCAGCCUGCUGUACUUCUGGAUUAUACUGUACGCAUCGCUUAUUACGACGAACGCGUACGUGAUGCUCGUCAGCGCGCUGGUGCCAAGCUACAUCACGGGCUACGCGGUGGUGAUCGCAACCACCGCGCUUUUCUUCCUGAUGUGCGGCUUCUUCUUGAAGCAGUCGAGAAUUCCAGUCUAUUGGCGGUGGCUGCACUACAUCUCGGCGAUCAAGUACCCCUUCGAGGCGUUGCUGACGAACGAGUUCAAAGGAGAUCGGUGCUACUCUGGGAGCUUCAGUGACCUCUCGCCGGGCCCGCUGGGCAAUAUCAGCUUUAGCGACCUUCACAGGCAUCUGAAAGUUGACUGCCCGUUGAUCGGGGAGGACGUCCUGUCGACCAUGGACAUACAUUUCGAGAACGUGUGGGCCGACGUCGCCAUACUUCUUGCGUGGGGUGUGCUCUAUAGGUUCUUCUUCUACGUGGUGCUGAGGUUCUACUCCAAGAAUGAGAGGAAGUGAAGCUCUACAGCCCUACUAAUUUCUUCAAGAUCAUGGAAGGAAUUCUAAUAAAACCAAAUCUACAUCGAAGUCUCAACUGGUGGGGAGGAACAUUGUAUAAGCCUCAAACUAGAGAUGCUUCAUGUGAUACCAAGAUAAGAUAGAAAGACAAAAGCCAGUGUUACCUUCAAUUUAUAGUUUCAUAUAUUAUGUUGGGUUUGUAGAUUAUUUGAUGCAACAAUAAAUACAAAAUUAGUACCGUGUCAUCGGCGAGGCCCAUCGCGCGCUUCUGAUGGGGGAAGAGAGAAGCCGAGCCUUGUCGCCAUGGUGAUUGGGUACGUUGAAGAAGA